UCAUUCACUCAUUUCGUCCUCAACAAGACACACAAACCAACUAAACAAAAUGUGCAAACUGGUGAUCUUCGCUGCUCUCUUCGCCGUCGCGGCCGCCAAGCCCGGUAUCCAUUCCGUGGCUUACUCCGCUCCAUUGGUAGCGGCCCCCGUCGCUGCAGCCUACACAGCUCCCGUAGCGGCCGCGUACACUGCUCCCGUGGCUGCCGCGUACACCGCCCCUGUAGCCGCUGCGUACACCGCCCCCGUUGCGGCCGCGUAUACCGCCCCCGUAGCAGCUGCGUACACUGCCUACGCUUCACCCUAUGCCGCCGCGUACACAUCCUCCGUUGCCGCGUACAAUGCCUACUCAGCACCUUUAGUUGCUGCUGCCUACAAAGCUCCAGUCCUACUCAAGUAAAGCGAACAAUAUCGGCUGAAAUGUAAAAAAAUGUAUAUAUUUAAUUAGCAACAUGACAAUUUAAAUACUGAA